AUGGAUAUGAAAGAUUUUCAACGAGUACAAACUCUUUAUAUGUUACGUCAUUAUCUUGUACCUGAUCAAAGUGAUUCAAGACGUCCAUCAUUACAAGUUCAUAUUUUAUGUGGUGAUGGUCAUUUAUUUACAGCAUUUCGUCAAGAAAUGGCUUCAAAUAAUCUUCUUAUUGAACCUUAUCAAAGAUUUUCAACAAUCUCUGAUCCUUAUUAUAAUGCAUUGAACCAUGGCAAUGCAUUGUUUUUUGAAGCUAUUGGUCAUGAUCUAUUAAAACUUCAUGAUGCUUUAGAUUUACUAGGAGCAAAAAAUAUUUCUGAUGAACAAAGAAUUGCAACAGUUCAAGCACUUCAAUUGACGGCAGUUGAUUUAAAAGAUUGGCUUCACAGUGAAUAUGGUCCUUGUACAUUAAAUCAUUUUAUUGCAAAUAAAGAAAACUUAUCGUUAUCAGUCACUAAUGCAGGUAAUCUAUAUCGAAAAUAUAUUGCACGAGUAAUUAGAAAAGAAUGGAAUCCAUAUCUUGCAGGCUUAUUUAUUUAUUCAUGUCGUCUUCAACUUACAUUAACAAACGGUCGUAAUCUAUGCGAACAGCAACCAGCAGCAGGAGCAGUAGUUCUUGCGAAUGAAGCUGCUGCUCAAUGA